AUGUCCAGUGCGUCCUCGUCUGCGAUCCCAGAUAAUUCCACUCCCAUGGAAUCCUCUUCCCGCUCCUCUCCGAAUGACAACUCGAUCAGCUCCCCUGCCCCUACCUUGGCAUCGCAAGAUCCCGCGCCCUUGCCAAUCACCGGUGCUGCCGUAGCUUCCAUCGCUGGCAAUCCUUUCGUCCCGUCAGGUCCCAUCACCCUCGAUCCGUCGACUACACCCUCCGCCGCGCUCAAUCCCCGGAGUUGUGUGACGUGCCGUCGUCGAAAGGUCCGAUGUGACAAAUUCAUGCCGUGCGGCAAUUGCCGCAAGGCCCAGAUUCAAUGCGUCUUCCCGGCCCCGGGUCGUGCUCCUCGGCGUCCGCGCGCCAAAGACCCGAAUGCCCCGCCGAAGCAGACGAGCGAGCGCGAGAUGGAGCUGAUGAAGCGGCUGCGGAAGCUCGAGGGUAUAGUGGAGGAUCUAAGUGGCCAGAUUGAAAUCGAGACGGCGAGGCACCCCUCCCUCAGCGGCGGAGCCUCGCCCGAGACGAGUAUACCGGAUACCACGCUUGAGAAGGAGCGCCGGAGACAAAAUGGCACUGUAUACAGCGAAAAUCUCCCCGGUGGUUAUCCGCCUGCUGACCAGUCCAAGGCCAGACGUGCUCAGACGGGCGACUCGGCGCAACCGGCGCACAACGUAACCGGUCAGGUCAGCAGGUCGUUUGGGAGGCUGGUCCUGAAUGAGAAGGGAAAGACGCGAUACGUGAGCAGCGCGUUUUGGUCCAAGAUUAAUGAUGAGAUCAAUCUUCUUCGGACUGAAACGGAGAUGCUCAGCGAUGAAGACUCCGAGGUCUCCGACGACGACGGAAGCCCUGCAGCAUUCAACCCGUACUCGUACCAGACUGACCAUCACGGCUUCGUCCUCGGCUACAGCUCCUCCAACGUCGAUCUGAGAAAGCUACACCCCUUGCCGUCUCAGAUACCAUUCAUCUGGCAGGUGUAUCAGGAGAAUGUCGAUCCUCUAGUAAAGAUAUUACACGUCCCAUCUAUGAACAAGAUCAUCCGUGAGCUUAGGAGCAAUAUGAACGACAUCUCGCCGGGAAUAGAGGCUCUGAUGUUCGCUAUCUACUAUGCUUCCAUUACGUCGAUGGAGGAGGAGGAGGUCAAAGUCAAUUUCGGUGCCGAGAAAGCGCAUCUUAUAAACAAGUAUCGCUUUGCCACGGAGCAAGCGCUGGCGAAGGCUAAUUUCCUCGUCACUUCGGAGCUGGUGGUGGUACAGGCCUUCACACUCUUCCUCGUCCUCGUUCGGCGGUAUGACGACACUAGGUUCGCUUGGACACUCACCGGCCUUGCGAUACGCAUCUCGCAGUCUCUCGGUAUACAUCGAGAAGGCACCAAAUUUGACGACUUGAGUCCGUUCGAUGUCGAGAUGCGCCGCCGGCUGUGGUGGGCCAUCUGUAUCCUCGACCUCAGAUCGGCAGAAGAUCAAGGUACCGAGCUGACGAUCGCAGAGCGAACGUACGAUACGCAAUUCCCACUGAAUAUUAACGACGCCGACAUAACUCCCGAGAUGACAGAGUUUCCCGAAGAACAGACUGGUCCCACCGACGUGACAUUUUGCCUCAUCCGUUACGAAAUCUGCGCAUUGGCUAGGAGAAUACAUUUCGCCACGAACGGGAUGGCUCCUUGCCAAACCCGGGGUACCUCUCAGGAGCGCGAUGCAAUGCUCCUUGAAUGCUAUGAACGCAUCGAAAAGAAAUAUCUCAGGACAUGUGGGGACAAGGAUUCGGAUCUACUUCAUUGGGUCGCCGCCAUGAUCGCACGGCUAAUCAUGGCCAAGUUAAGAUUGAUCAUCUAUCAACCGGUGCUCUUGCAUUCCACCGGGCAGGAGAUCAACCAGGACAUUCGGCAUCGUCUUUUCAUGGCAUCCCUUGAGGUUGUCGAAUAUACCAAGGUCUUGAACACAGAACCGAGAUGUCGUCAAUGGCGAUGGCUGUUUCAAACGUACGCACAGUGGCACGCCGUCGCAUAUCUUUUGCUCGAGGUGUGCCGCCUACCCUGGAGCGCGUCGCUCGAGCGCGCCUGGGUAGUGCUCAAUGCUACCUUCCAAACCCCCGAUGCAGCUGAGCGUGCUCGGCCGGGCGUCUGGGUUCCGCUUCGCAAGCUCAUGGGCCAGGCAAGGCGUCGCAGGGAGGAAGAGAUCAAGCGGCUAAGAGCUGAUCCCGAGGCGGCUCGGCAGCUCGACGCUGACGAACAAAGCAGGGCGCAGCCAUCCAGCUUCAACCACCUUUCCAGCUCGAUGAGGAGCGUCCUCGCGCAGGACCAAUGGCGUAAGCUCGUCGGGGUCAAGAGUCCCGAGAGGCCAAAAUAUCCUAUCUCGUCCGUUGUCAACGACGACCCUCGGAAGAAUGGAAGGCCAGCCCUGCCAAAACAGCCCGACCUCGAAGCGCCUCAACCCGGUUUACAAUACCUCGACCACAUGAUGGCACAGCCAUACCUUACCUCUCAGGAUAUCUUCUCGGUCGCAUGUCCAGGAGAUCCAACGUACUCAGACGGAGAGGCGCGGGGGGGGGCUAGGCCAGAGCAGCAGACCAUACCUCUCGAAACUUUCAGCACUUCGAAUAAUGCCUUGUAUCACUCGACUCCAGGCCAGUCCUCGCAGCCUUAUAUCGAGGAUAACCUUCCGCCUUGGCUCUGGCCGGACACCUGGCCCAACGGAUCAUCAUCAGGUGAUUCACCCGCCAACGGCCCGGUUACCGACAACCAAGACGUAGCCAUGGAUGUCGACGACAGCUUCGAUUGGCAGAAUUGGAUGGAUAGCGGGCUUGCGAUGGGACGAGCCGGAUUCAUGGGCGGGAUCUGA